GGACUGAAGAUGGCGCCGCGAGACGGUUGUCCUCCACCCCCCUGGAAAUCCUCUUCUUUCUGAACGGGUGGUAUUACGCUACCUAUUUCCUGUUGGAACUCUUCAUAUUUCUGUAUAAAGGUCUCCUGCUACCAUAUCCAACAGCCAAUCUAGUACUGGAUGUGGUGAUGCUCCUCCUUUAUCUCGGAAUUGAAGUUAUUCGACUAUUUUUUGGUACAAAGGGAAACCUCUGCCAGCGAAAGAUGCCACUUGGUAUCAGUGUGGCCUUGACCUUCCCGUCUGCCAUGAUGGCCUCCUAUUACCUGCUGCUGCAGACCUAUGUGCUCCGCCUGGAAGCCAUCAUGAACGGUAUCUUGCUCGUCUUCUGUGGCUCAGAGCUGCUGCUGGAGGUGCUUACCCUGGCCGCCUUCUCCAGUGUGGACAGGAUUUGAAGUACAAAAUUUGCAGCCAGCAGCUCUCAGGGGCUGAGACCACACAUACUUCUGGUACCUUAGCCACACCAGUGAGAAAUGGUGGGUCAAGUUGUCCUGGGAAAGCUUGCAGCUUUUCCUCAGCACAGACAUUUGGGCAACAAACCGAGCAUAAGGCCACUGGGCACCAUCUUCUAACCCAGGGCCAUCAGCCUAAGAGAUGCUUCUAUACUUCAGUGUAGGGAGGGGCACGGUUGUCCCCAUCCGGGCCCUUCUCAGAAUCAAUAACCUGCUCACCUCAAGUUCUCCUCUUUGAUCAUCGUGGCCAGAGCAUCUUGUGUGGACCAUGUAGGCUCCUUGGGCUUCCAGCAGGCCCUGCGCCACAUAUCCCUGUUGGUGCUGUGCCACGCCUGUCGCGCACGAGCACGGAGAGCCUCAGGAUGGUGUGCUCCCAGAUGGAUGCAAAAGCCUGUCAUCCCUUUCCUUAGAGACUGAGCUCCAGAACUUUGCUAGUAGCUCAUAGUGUUAUUUUUCUACUCUCAUCAUGAAACAAAACAUUAUUUUAUAAUAAAUAUAUAUUUUCUGUUGUGGGGA